AUGGGGGUUGAGAUCCUCUCUUGUCUCAGGUAUCUCUCCUAUUGCAAGCACAGGCAGCAGAGGUCCAACUUUUGUACGUUGCCUCAGAUUGCCUCCUGCAGCCCAGUUCCACGCGUGCGCGCUGCUCCCACCGUCUCCCACGUCUCCAACGGCUACGCCGGUGAGCGCGAGCCGUCGCUCCGGAACGCUACACCGGUGACUCUGGUGCCCAAGCGCGGGCAAGAGCCGGUGUGGCGGCACUGGAACUUGAACUUUUGGAAGGUACUGUCGCAGGCCGUCAGUUCGUGGUACCUGAGGCUGGCCUUGUGGAAUACUUGGCCUCCGGGUAGCACACGCUUCGGCUUCGAGCACUUCGCCCGUUGGUCAUCCAUGAAAGUCACGGAGCACCCAGUCCUUGGGACUGAGGGUCCAGUCUCACCCGACGGUGCCGGUGUGAAGCGACGUCGCCCUGAGUACAUGCUGGUCGUUGAGAUCCAAGAUGCUGCUUGCAUGGAAGACCAGGCAUUGGCCUUCCCUCGCUUGCAGGUGGGUGAUUUUUGCCCCUUCGUGAGUUCAUGCAGCCGUUUCUUCAAAGAUCACUGGCACACCUGGACACCACCGGGAGUUGAAGACCUCACACACCGCUGGUGCGAGUUCUAUGGCUCCAUUUUUGAGCAGGAUCCGAUCCAUCAGCUGGCGCAAUUCUACCGCUUGCACUUCGGAGUCAUUGGAGCUGUGAGUCGAUUACACCGGAUCAAUCAUCAAGCGCAGGAGUGGAUGCUUCAGAUGGAAGGCCAACGCUUGGUUUUUCUCUUCCCGCCGGAGGACACGGAGAAUAUCUACGAGCUCGUAGGCGGCUUGGACGAACACCGCUCCGAUGGGAGCUUCGGGUAUGCCACGCACAUCAGCGAGGUGAACCUCUUCUUCCCCAGCUCGAAGCGUCAUCCGCUCUUCUCGAAGUGCAAUGCGCUGGUGUCCCUCCUUGGCGAAGGCAAGACCUUGGUGAUUCCCUCGGGCUGGUGGUGGACUGCCAUUAGCACGCAGCCCUCCGUGACGCUGCACCACACCUAUUGGAGCUUUGAGAAUCGGCUUCUUCGGCCGCAGAGGGAGGGGCCUACCGGCCCAAAAUGUUUCUCGAGUCUGGUGAUGUCCAAGAACACGGCAAGGGCCAGAUGGAAGCUGGAUUUGGAUGGGGUCAGUGUGAAUGCUGUGUGA